CCGCCGGUUGUACUUCAUGAAACCUUUCAACCUGUGUCUACGCGGACGGCCCGACCUGGUGUCGUCUGUUUCGACCUCGGGCAAAACGCAUCUACGAUGGUGAAAAUCGUUGUAGAGGGAGCUGCCGGAUCUGAGAUCACUGUCAGAUACGGUGAGACAACCUACGAAGAUGGCACGAUCCUGAUGCCAGAUCCGUUGUUCAAAGAAUUUGAAACGGGUGUGUAUUCGACAAUCUACCUCCGUGGCGAUGGGAAGCCUGAGGAAUGGUCACCGGAUUUCAGCUUCACCUGCGCGCGGUACAUUCAAGUCGAAGGAGUUGCUUUGGAGCCUGGCCAGGGACGUCCAGUGAUACACUCCGCGGUAGGACAGCACGUAUCGUCGGCGUCACGAAGACUCGGAACCAUGGAAACGGACAAAGAGGAUGUGAACGCGCUUCUCAAAGCCCUGUAUUGGAGUUUUGCCAGCAACCUCUUCAGCUACCAUACCGACUGCCCGCAGAUCGAGAAGUUCGGCUGGCUGGAAGUCACACACCUGCUAGCACCCGCAACGCAGUACAUUCGCGACGUAGAGGCGUUAUACACCAAGAUUCUAGACGACAUCAUUGAGGCGCAGGAGUCGAGCGGCUUGGUCCCAACGAUGGCGCCGGAGAUCCGCUACAUGUGCGGCCCACUCCACGAUACCAUCACGUGGGGCUGCGCCAUCUGUUUCCUGCCCGACAUUCUGCUGCGCUACUAUGGUUCUACGCAUGUGAUAUCAAAGGUGUACCGUCCCGCAAUCCGCUACAUGGAGUACAUCCGCACGAAGGAACGUAAGGGUGGGCUAAUCGAGCACGGGCUCGGCGAUUGGGGGCGGGACAUCGCAUUCGGCAAUUUGCAGGCCAACAUCGAGACGGCAGUCUACUAUCGCUGUCUUCAAUGUCUGGAGAUGAUGGCGCGCGAGCUAUCACUCUGGGACGAGGCCGAGCAGUUCAAGCAGUGGGCGACGCGUAUCUACGACGUCUACAACCGCCACCUACUCGUUACAGAUGAUCCCGGGAGGCCUUAUGCCUACUACACGUCUCUUGAUAAUUAUCCCGAGCGAGAUCUCCAGGCCAUCAGCCAAGCGGUUGCGCUUCAAUUCGGCCUUGUCCCCACAGAGCACCGCCGAGCCGUGGAAUCCGCGUUUCUCGACGACGUGGCCGACUGCCGCAUCAGGUCCGGUGAAAUUGGUUUGCGCUACCUCUUCAACACGCUCGACGACGUCGGCCGUCCGGACAUCGUGCUCGCGAUGGCGCGACAGGAAGAACAUCCGUCGUACAUGCGCUUCCUAAGGCGAGGAGAGACGACGCUGUUGGAAUUUUGGCAGGAUGAUUGCCGAAGCAAGUCUCAUGACAUGCUUGGGAGCAUUUAUGAGUGGUUCUAUGCAGCAGUUCUUGGGGUGAAGCCUCUUAGCAAUGCCUACAAGACCUUCAGCAUUGCGCCACCGUAUCGGUCCGAGUUUGGGUUCGUGGAGGGCACGGUUGAUUGCCCUUAUGGUAAGAUUGAAGUCAGGCUUGAGCGCCGAGAAGAUCAAGGGUACAGCCUGGGGCUGAGGAUUCCAACAAGUACGGUAGCGACGUUGCGAUUACCCGAUGAAACGAGCCGGGCGGAGAUCUCUCGGAACGGGAUAGCUAAAGGAACUGCGGAGGGAAUGGAUGUGGAGCUCAGACCUGGCAUGUACAUCGUAUCUAUACAUGCCCCUUGA